AUGCAUCAGCCGCCUCCCAACUCAGCCACAGCCCCCAACGCGCCGCCGCAAAUCAGCGUGAAUGGGACUCAACUGCAAGUGGUAGAGAACUUCCCGUACCUGGGCAGCACGCUCUCCCGCAACACCAAGAUCGACGACGAAGUCGCCAACAGGAUCUCGAAAGCCAGUCAAGCCUUCGGUCGCCUCCACAGCACAGUUUGGAACCGUCAUGGUCUCCAACUGAGCACAAAGCUGAAGAUGUACAAGGCCGUCAUCCUGCCGACGCUACUGUAUGGAGCGGAGACCUGGACGGUGUACACGAGGCAGGCACGUCGACUAAACCACUUCCACCUCAGCUGUCUCCGCCGCAUUCUGAGGCUGAACUGGCAGGAUCGAAUCCCCGACACGGAAGUACUGGAACGAACGGGAAUCUUCAGCAUCUACGCCAUACUGAGACAAAUGCAGCUGCGCUGGAGCGGCCACCUGGUGCGCAUGGAUGACGAGCGUCUACCCAAACGACUCUUCUACGGAGACGUCGCGACGGGUUCUCGCCGUCAAGGAGGCCAGAUUCGCCGUUACAAGGAUACCCUGAAGUCCUCCCUGAAGCGCCUGCAAAUCAACCCGACCAACUGGGAAGAGCUCGCUCGCGAUCGCCCGACAUGGAGGAGAACAGUGAAGACGGGCGCUGCUAUCUACGAAGCCAACCGCAUCGCAUCCGCCAAAGUGAAACGCGAAGCCCGCAAAUCACAACUUCGCCCAGUCCGCAACGCCGCCGUACAACCUCUCUCUACGUGUCCUCGAUGCCACCGGACAUUCCGGGCACGAAUCGGACUUGUUGGACAUCUUCAGAUCAACUGCACCUCUCGAACUGCUCUAGCCAUCGUCCCCCCGCCCGCCUCUUCCUCAUCCUCUCUGCCGCCAACUAACUCUGACACUCCUCCUGCACCACCACUUCCAUCCUCGUCGUCCUCCUCCCUCUCCACUGCCCCAGCGACGGCUGUUCAGACUGCUGUCUCACACAUCACCAACCCCAACACAACGACAGACAUCACCUCUCCCACCUCUCCCGAUACCACUGAUGAGGAUCAGGACUACACCUUCCGUCACUGUGACCGCACCUUCACCUCACACAUCGGCCUGGUCAGUCACUUGCGAAUCCAUCGCACAGAGACUGGCGAACCAGUGCCUGGAGCACCAACCUACACCCACCGCACUCGCCUCCACUGCCCACACUGCCCUCGCACCUUCAGGCAUCGCAUGGAUCUAUUCGGCCACAUGCGAAUCCACGACGACCUGCGGUAG